GAGUUUAUAAGAGAGAGAGGAAGAAAAAAAAUAAAAUAAACAAAGGCAAAAAAAUCAGGGAAGAGGGAUAAAAACCCUUGUUCCCAAAUCACGGUUCCUGCACGAGAAAAACUGGCACCCACGACUAAAACCUACCUCUCUCUCUCUCUCUCUCUAAAAAAGAGCCUCUCCCCUUCUCUCUCAUCCUGCUACAAUUAAUUAUCAUCAUUUUCUUCAGGGAAACGAUUUGAUCUUCUAGUUGAAGAUCAUAGGCCAAGGAAGGAGGGUGAAGAACUUUGCCAGCUAUUGAUCUGGGGGUCAAGGAGGAGGACAUUCAUCUUCAAGAUGGUGGUGAAUAUGGGAUUGGUUGGUUGUAUCUUUCUUCUAUUUGUGAUCUCUGGUUUCAAAGUUGGAGCAGAUGGGUCCGAUCACAAAUAUAAGCAAGGAGAUCGGGUGCCUUUGUAUGCAAACAAAGUCGGCCCUUUCCAUAACCCCAGUGAGACGUAUCGAUAUUAUGAUCUGCCUUUCUGUUCACCAGAGCAUGUAACUGAGAAGAGGGAAGAUCUCGGAGAAGUCUUGAAUGGGGAUCGCCUAGUCGAUGCCCCUUAUCAACUGCAAUUCCGGCUUGAGAGAGAGUCUGAGGUUCUUUGUAAGAAGAAAUUAUCAAAAGACAAAGUUGCCCAACUAAGGGAUGCUGUUAAUAAAGACUACUACUUUCAAAUGUAUUAUGAUGAUUUGCCUAUUUGGGGAUUCAUCGGGAAGGUUGAUAAGGAUAACAAAGCCGACCCAAGCGAGUAUAGAUACUUGCUUUUUAAGCAUAUCCACUUUGAAAUCUCUUAUAAUAAGGACCGUGUUAUAGAGAUAAACGUUAAGACUGACCCAAAUUUCUCAGUGGAUAUUACUGAGGAUAAGGAAGUGGAAGUAGAGUUCUUAUAUUCUGUGAAGUGGAAGGAAACUGAUACCCCCUUCGAGAAGAGGAUGGACAAAUACUCGAAGUCUUCCUCAAUGCCUCAACACUUGGAGAUUCAUUGGUUUUCAAUCAUAAACUCGUGUGUCACAGUCCUCCUGUUAACUGGGUUUCUUGCUACCAUUCUCAUGCGUGUCCUGAAGAAUGAUUUUAUCAAGUAUUCCCAUGAUGAUGAUGCUGCUGAUGACCAAGAGGAAACUGGGUGGAAGUACAUUCAUGGGGAUGUCUUCAGAUUUCCAAAGCACAAGUCAUUGUUUGCAGCUGUUCUAGGAUCUGGCACUCAGCUCUUGGCACUUGCAAUGUUCAUCUUUCUUCUUGCGCUUGUUGGGGUUUUCUAUCCAUACAACAGAGGGGCUCUCUUUACAGCUCUGGUUGUCAUAUAUGCUCUCACCUCGGGUAUUGCAGGCUACACUGCAACAUCCACCUAUCUGCAACUAGAAGGAACCAAUUGGGUGAGGAAUCUUUUGCUCACUGGCUGUUUAUUCUGUGGCCCCCUUUUCCUCACUUUCUGCUUUCUCAACACUGUUGCCAUAGUAUAUAGCGCCACUGCAGCUUUACCUUUUGGUACUAUAUUGGUAAUUCUUCUUAUAUGGACCCUGGUUACUUCUCCUUUACUUGUACUGGGGGGAAUUGCUGGAAAAAACAGCAAAACUGAGUUCCAAGCUCCCUGCCGAACUACGAAGUACCCAAGAGAAAUUCCACCUCUCCCUUGGUAUAGAAGCACGAUUCCUCAGAUGGCCAUGGCUGGGUUUCUUCCAUUUAGUGCUAUCUACAUCGAGCUAUAUUACAUAUUUGCAAGUGUUUGGGGCCACAAGAUCUAUACAAUAUACAGCAUCCUAUUUAUAGUAUUCAUCAUUCUAAUCAUAGUCACAGCAUUCAUUACUGUGGCACUGACAUACUUCCAGCUUGCUGUUGAGGACCAUGAGUGGUGGUGGAGGUCUGUGCUUUGCGGUGGCUCCACUGGUGUAUUUAUCCUUGGGUAUUGUUUGUACUAUUACUAUGCAAGGUCGGACAUGUCGGGCUUUAUGCAGACCUCUUUCUUCUUUGGAUACAUGGCCUGCAUUUGUUAUGGCUUUUUCCUCAUGCUCGGGACUGUCGGAUUCCGAGCCUCGUUGCUCUUUGUACGCCACAUAUACCGCUCCAUAAAGUGUGAGUAGAGGUUUGUCCAAUGGGAACAUGCCAUGGGGGCACAAUGGAGGUAUGGAUCCAGCCGUUCAAUUUGCUGGGUUCCAAGUCUUAUAUAUUCUAUUAUAGUGGUCAAGUGGUGCCUUGAUUCAUGCACUUGCCUUAGCUAAAUUUCUGAAAUUCCUUUAUGUAGAGGAAGACUGCUUUCAGUCUAGCUUUUUUGUGUAGGUUUUUAUUUUGUUUUCUUUUCUUUUUUUGGUAGUUGUAAUUUUGUCUUACCUUGAAUUUUCAUUUGUAUUAUUUUGCAUCCCCACUGUGCUUUCAUACUCUUUUGUUCAA